AGGAGAACGCGGCCGUCGCUCCAGUUUGGCCCCCUACCCCCUCCCCCUUCACUUCCUCACGGGUCGGCUCAUUGGAGAGUAUUUGCCUCACCGCAGUCCGCGAUCGUAAGAAGAAAAAAGGGGCGACGAAAGAUUCAUAGAGCCUGUCCUUUUUUCUUUGCCCCUCACGCUUCACAAUGGACACCGCUACGUGGACACCCAAGACGGUCGAAGACCUCCUCUUUCGACAGUACAUCCAGGAGGAGGACGUAACGCGGCAGCUGCCGCCACCGCCGAAGGUGUCGAAUGAGAACUUCCUCGAGAAGUACGACCAGGCCACCAGAAUUCUCUUCUCGUACGUGCGCAACGGCCCGGUGUCGGCGCUGGCCUCGCAGAAUGUGAACACCGCCGCUGGCAAAUACGGUGGGGCGACACCGAUGAAGGCGUUUGUGGGCCGCACGCCCGCCACGAAGCCCGUGCCGCCGGAGCCGUCGAAGGCCUUCUCUCGCACCGCCACGCCCACCCCGACCCCUCCGACGCCCCCGCCGCAGCCCUCGCAGCCGACUAGCACCGCCUCCGCAGCUCCGCCGAAGGGCACGAUGGAAUCUCCGCAGGCGUACCGGGUAAAGCGGCAGCGGGUAGAGUGGCCGCUGAACGUGCCGACGAAUCAAAUGCUGAAGAGCAACAGCCGAUCGAAGGUAGCGCAUCUCACGGCGAAGCGCGUGGCGGCCCAGCAAGGCGUGGACCCGGAUCUUAUCUUUAUGCAGAAUAGCGGCGAUUUGCCUCUCCACACCAUCUUCGCUCCGUUCCCGAAGGCGCUGCGGUCGGUGGCAGCGGUGCGCAACGCGAGCGGCGACUGGCGCGCGGAUGCGUUCACCGUAGAGGAGGAGGACGCAUACAAGAGUGAUCUCGGCUACACGACGUUUGGGCCGAGCCAAUGCGGCUACGGUAAGUGGCUGCCCUCGCAGCCAUAG